UUUGGAGUUGAUAAUGCAGUUUCGAUGAUUAAGAAGUAUAAAAAAAGCAACGGAACGGAGAACUUAAUGGAAUUGUUAAAGAUUGCAUUGAAGAAAGUAAGAAGGCGAGUACUCGAAAAAGCAGAGGAAGUUGUAAAAAUACUUGAUGAUGUUAAGAGAGAUCUUUUGGAUGACUAUGUAGUUUAACAAAGAGGAGGAUUGGGAAGAGGAGAGAUUGGGAAAAGGAGAGAUUUUUUG